AGGUGCUCUCUCAUCUAUCUCCACCCUCGGCUCAUUUAAAUUUGCCCUACCCUCGUCCUUCCUUUCAUCCUAUCCCUUCGGCAACCCGUCGCCAUGUUUUCAAAGUUCUACUUAGCAAUCCUUCUCCUCAUCGGCGCCGUCUUAUCCACUGCCCUACCCACGCCAGAGGCUGCUCCGGCUGCUGCAAUUGAUGUGAAGCGCGGCGGUAGUGACUGGAAACGCGAGCCUGAGCCUGGCAGCGACUGGAAACGCGGGUCGGACUGGAAGCGCGAGCCUGAGCCUGGCACUGAUUGGAGACGCGAGCCUCAGCGUGGCUCUGACUGGAAGCGCGGAUCCGACUGGAAGCGCGAGCCUGAGCCUGGCAGCGACUGGAAGCGGGGAGGAUCCGACUGGAAGCGCGGAUCUGACUGGAAGCGGGAGGCUGAGCCUGGCAGCGACUGGAAGAGAGGGUCCGACUGGAAGCGUGAGCCCGGUAGUGACUGGUAGUGUGUUAACGAUGGACUGCGAUGCCUUU